AUGUCUGUUAACUUCGAACUUUGGCAGAACCCUGGAGUUCCAGACCUUACUAUACUUGAAAAUCUAAUUGAGGUGACUACAAAAAACUUUAAAAAAGCAAGAGAAUUGAAUAUUAGGCUUGACAUUGGAGACGAUUACAUAAAUGAACAGAGUAAAUUAUAUAACAAUAUUAUUAGCAGGAGAGCAAUUUUAUCGUUGGACAUGAAAAGUUACGCAGGAGAAGUAGGAAGUUAUAUGGAUUCUCUUUCUUCAGGAAAAUUUGAUAUCAGUACUAUAACACAAACAUUAGAAUUAUUAUUAAACGACGCCGAAAGAAAUGCUGAAAAAGCUUUUCGCUUAAAAGAAGAAUUUAACGUGUUUAAAGAAGAAUUUAAUCGACUUCAUUCUAAUUCACAAAUGAUCAUGGAUACUGGAAAUGAUCCUGGUUUUCCUACAAAAGAAAUUGCAAAGCACUUAUUCAAAAUCCUAUUUUAUGGCCUCGCAGUUUGGUAUCUUCCAUCCUGGGCUUCUAUUCCUAUUUUUCAUUCGACACUCAACGAACAUGUAGAUGCAACAAAUGAAGACUUUUCUCGUCGUAUCGUACCAGCUAAGUUUUCUGAACAGCACGUAGGUGAGGAAAGCCCUUUCGAAAAUGCUGAAAGAGAAUACGUUCCAGUUCAAACUAAUCUUGAUAAUACCUCGGGACCAAAGCUUGAAUCUAAGUCAUCGGAAACUAUUGAUGCCACAAAUUCACAAAGAACCUCAAUCUCUAGUGAUUUUGCACCAAUUAACUCAUUCAAGAAUUUCGGUUAUGUAUCGUUGAUUAAAGAAAAAUUAUUACCAAUAACCGUUGUAGUUGCAUUCUAUCUUCUAUACAACAAGGAUCAAAUAACAUCAGUAAUAAAAUCGGUUAAAGACAAACUAUUUGGCAAUAAGCAUGAGUCAAUUCCCGAGAAAAGCGAAUUUUAUCGAUGCACUGAAUCCAUCAAAUAUAAACUUCCGGCAAUUGACCAUAAUUUAACUAUUUUGAACGACUUCUGGAAAUCUGAAAUUAAAAUUAUUAACGGAAAUCUCAACGAACUGAAACCGCUGAAUGAAGACAUGGAAGUUCAGCUACCAAGUCAGCUAGGAAAAAAGAUAAAACAUGUCUGGAGAGAGAUCGAAGAACAAUGUUCGAUGAAUCACAGAAAGUUGAACUAUAUUAUUACUAAUAAUUCUAUGUUGGGCACUUGA